AACACCAUGCGCAGCAAAACGUGACCAAUCAGUGAUUGGUUGUGACUCACACCGCAGUCAUAUGGUUAACGCUACAAAUAUCAUGUGGAUUAUUGAGUCAGUGUUUUAAGUUUAGGCCGAACGAGGAAGUGGUGUUGGUUUCUAACGUAACUUUUUGAAGAAUGAGACAUGUUGAUCUGAGAUAUUACAGGUUGCGCUGUGUAAACCAGGACCGUUUUCUUUGUAUAGUGUCUCUCACUGGCUAGGAGUGAUGGCCUCUGAUGGAAACACCUCAGUUUUGAUAGGAACCAUGGAUGAUAUCAUACAGAGGACCCGCAUUACUACGCUGAUUCAAGGCAGGGAAGUGGUAGUCUUUUACCACAAAGGAGAAUUUUACGCAAUGGAUAUGCGCUGUUAUCAUGCAGGAGGUCCAUUGCACUUGGGAGACAUAGAGGAUAUUGAUGGCAAAGUGUGCAUUAUCUGUCCAUGGCACAAGUAUAAAAUAACUCUGACUGAUGGAGAAGGGCUGUAUGAAGCAUGUAAUCCCAGUGAUUUUUCAACCAAGUGGUGCUCUAAAGGGGUAAAGCAAAGAACUCAUUUAGUUCAUGUAGAAAAUGGGAAUGUAUAUGUUACACUUUCAGACUUAUCUUCUCCUAUUGACUCUGACUACUAUCAGUCUGAAAAAUUCAAAGAAUCAGUAAAAGUGCCACAGAGAAAGUAGAUUACUGCUAUUCCCUUUUUUUCUUUGUUAGUAUUAAAUGGUGUUUUCCAACUGUAAAUUUAUUUAUGAUGUAUUGUUUUCCCAAGAUUAGAUAGAGGAGAUAUGGAUCUCCAGUGAUACAUUUUUUAACCAAGUUUGAAUUGUUAUUACGAGUUU